AUGGGUUGCUACAAUCUCGAAACAGUUAUAUUUUCAUCUGGGAUUAUUAAGCGUGAAUGUUUUCUAUAUUGUGGUUCCUUGAAAGAAAUUACUUUUCAGAAUUCCAUUGAUUCAAUAAGAAACAACGCCUUUGGAUAUUGCAAAUCUUUGCAAAAAGUUACGAUUUUUUCUAAUAGUAUUGAAAGUAGUGCUUUUUAUAGUUGCUCCUCAUUACAAGAAAUUACAAUUAAUUGUCAAUUAUCAACGAUUCCAGAUAAGUUAUUUUGCUAUUGUUCUAACUUAAGAAAAAUAAUAUUCACAUCAGAAAUCAAUAUUAUAGGCGAAGAAGCAUUCAAAUAUUGUAAAUCAUUAACAACAAUAAGCAAUAUAGAUAAGGUUCAAACUGUUAGUAACAAUGCUUUUUAUCAAUGUGACUUAUUCUCUGACAUAAGAAUAUUUACACAAAUAACUUCAAUAGGAUAUUAUGGAUUUUUAGGUUGUAAUUUUAUAUCAUUAGAUUUUCCUGAUAGUGUAACAUCAAUUGGCUUAAAUGCAUUUUCAAAUAAUAGCAAUCUGGUAUCUGUUAAAUUCAGAGGAGAUUAUAAUGCAGAUUUUAAUUCUUGUUUUAAAAAUUGCACACAGUUAAAAGAACUAUAUAUCAGUGGAACAGUAACAAAUAUGAAUUCAGAUUCAGCACCUUUCAGUUCUUUAACAAAUUUGGAAAAAUUGACAAUAAUUGGCGACUUAAGUUUUAUAAGUGAAACAUCAUUCUCUUCAAAUUCCACAUUGAAGGAAAUUAGAGUGAAUAAAAUUCAAUUAAUAGGUGAUAAUUCUUUUAAAGAUUAUGCAAAAUUAGCAAUAUUUAAGUUUACUGGCACUGUAUCUAUUGGAAGCUAUGCUUUUUAUAAUUGCGUAUCAUUGAGAGAUUUUUCAAUUCCAUCAACUGUUAAAUCUAUUGGAAGCUAUGCAUUUUAUAAGUGUUCAUCAGUUAAUGAAUUUAAUAUUCCAUCGAUUGUAACAUCAAUAAAUGAUUAUACAUUUUAUGGAUGCACAUUUUCAAGGAUAUCAAUUCCAAAUGCUGUUUCAUAUAUUGGAGAGUAUUCAUUUUCUUGUUGCAGAAAUUUAGGUUCAAUAUCAUUGCCAUCACAAAUAAAUGUCAUUUCAAAUGGUUUAUUUUGUAACUGCUCUUCAUUAUCUUCUUUUACUUUUAACAAUAAUAUUAAAUCAAUUGGAAAAGAAUCUUUUUAUGGAUGUUCUUCAAUAACAUCAAUGUCAUUCAAUGCACAAGAAUUUAUAUUCCCAGAUUAUUGUUUCUAUGGUUGUACAUCAUUGACAACUAUCAACAUUGCCUCAACGAGAAUAACAUUAGGAUCAUAUUCGUUUGCAAAAUGUAGCUUUUCUAGAUUUGGUUUCAGUGGAAAUAUGGUUUCAAUUGGAAGCUAUUGUUUCUCAGGCUGCCAUAAUUUGCAAACUCUUUCUAUAUCUGCAGGUUCAGGAUUCAACAAUAAUGAAUUAUUGGAAGGAACAUUUGAAUCAUGCACAAGUUUAACAUCUAUUACAAUCCCUACCAACAUUCAAAGAUUUUAUGAUAGAGUAUUUUAUAAUUGUAACAAACUUUCAUCGAUCUCAGGACUAAAUGUAGUGAGUUCUAUUGGAUCUGAUUCAUUUUAUAAUUGCGCACUAACGACAUUUAGUAUAAAUGCACGAGAUCUAGUAAUCAAUGACAAUGCAUUUGAAUCAUUCUCCAAACUUUCUACACUAACAAUUACUGGAUCAAUUAAUUCUAUUGGUUGUAACAUAUUCUUAAAUUCAUUGAAUCUUAGAACGGUUAGAAUAAAUGGAAACAUUAAUACUUUCCCAUCCAUUGUAUUCGGGAUUGAUUCAAAUGUUGUCUCUAUAUACAUUGAUCGAGUUAAAGUUAUUGACAAUAAUUGUUUUUGCGGUUUUUCUAAACUCCAAUCCAUCGAAAUCAAAAAUGAUCUCACAUCAAUUAAUGAUAAUGCAUUCUGUAAUUGCACGAAUCUUGCUUCGGUUUCAUUUCCAAAUACAUUAAGAUCAAUUGGUUCUGGAGCAUUCAAAUUGUGUGGAAAGAUUACCCAGCUCAAAUUCGAGAAUAUUGACUCUUUAGAAGAAUCUGCAUUCGAGCAAUGCAAUGGCCUCACAAAGUUCGAAAUCUCAGGAACUUUCAACACAAUCAGUAAGAGAUUGUUUAAAGGUUGUAUUGAACUUAAGAGUGCAAUUUUCACAGAUCCGGGAAUGAUUACAGUUAUCGAAUCUGAAUCUUUCAUGAAUUGUUUGAACCUGAAUAUCAACCUAUUUUCAUUUUAUAAUCUAGAGACAAUAAAUAAUGAUGCUUUUCAAAAAUGCAAUUCAAUUAAUAAUAUCUGGUUCUCUCCAUCGGUAAUUUCAAUCGGAGACUCUGCAUUCUUAGGAUGCAAUGCUCUUCAGAAAGUUUACCUGCCUCCAAGGGCAACAAAGGUUGGGAAAUCUGUUUUCAAGGAGUGCUUCAAUCUUGAAACUGUAACACUUUCCAUGAUGAUGAAUACGAAUAUUCGUUUUCAGCCACUAAAAUUAGAGAAAUAA